AUGACAUUAAGAGAAUACUAUAGAAUACUAGAGCACAGGGAUUGUGAUGCGGCCCUAGGAAUGAAGGAGUUCUUCAAUAUGCUAUACUUACCGCCCACUAAAGUCAUGCUAUUUGGAGACGCCUGUCCUGCUGUCACUGAUCCCAUAGCAAAAGCAUCUAGUAAUGAAUUUCAGUUGACAUAUGCGGACACAUUCACAGCACUGACGCCAAACUUUUUUCGUAUCGUUCCGAGCGAAGCGGCCUUUAAUCCUGCUCGAGUAGCAAUCCUGAAGAACUUCAACUGGACUAGAGUUGGAACAAUCUAUCAAAACUCUCCCCGAUAUAGUCUCCCCCACAGCAAGUUAUUGGCAGACCUGGACAGAGCCAACAUUGAUAUCGUCGCCUCCCAGAGCAUUGCCGAUGAGCUCAAGCCUGAGAUGUACUUGCACAAAUUUGAAGCGAAAGCAUAUAAAGAAGGACUUUAUGGUCGCCGAUAUCAAUGGAUAGUAUCGGGAAUAUAUGAGGACAAGUGGUGGCAAAAUGUGCAAAAUUUGGACUGUAAUCAGGACGAGUUGAUGGCCGCUCUGGACGGCUAUAUUGCCACUGAUGUGCUUCCACUCACAAGUUUGCAAACCACCGAUUUUGGACUGACGACAUAUGAAUAUAUGGCUGAAUACGAGCGGAUGAGGGGCCAGGAGUUCAGUCGUUUCCACGGCUAUGCCUUGCUGCCGUAA